CAACCUUAAACUCCAACGUGCGAUAAUUCUCCGAUUUCUGUUACAUACCAGACGUUGCGGACUCAGUUGUUCUGCCAUCGCAUUGGGCAGUGUGAAAUCUUCCUUCGCCGUUAAGCGUUCUUACCAAACAAUCAAUGGCUUCGCCAACUCCCGUCCGUCGUGCCUGCGACGGCUGCAAGAUCCGCAAAGUCAAGUGCUCCAAUGCCGAGAUCAGCAUCUCAAUUCAGCUUGGAGUCAUCCCCAUAUCCUCCUCCCCAUGCCAACAAUGCGUCGGCGCUGGGAUCGACUGCACCUACCUCCGCGUACCCGGCAAGACCGGACCCCGCCGACCGCGAAUGCGCACCAUAGAGGCGAUUGAAAGACAGAAAGCGAUGUAUGGAGCUCCGUACGAACGUCCUCCUGCUAUGCGAUCACCUAUACUUGCGCGAAGUCCUGUCCAUUCUCUCUUGAACCCACCGGACUCGCCCUCCAUGCCGAUCCGCGAUGCAUCCUCCGUUUCCUCAGAUGACACGGGCUCGGCAAGCGCAUCGUGCUUUGGUCCCCAGCGACAAGAUGAGUGGGUUGCAUUGUCGUCACUUAAGACCUAUAUCCAGAUAUACAGACACCGAACAUACCCGAUCUGGCCGAUCAUCUCGGCAUCAGAUCUGGAAGCUGCGCUUGCUAUUUCCCCACGAGAUCCAGAACUGUACUGUUUGGCUACCGCGCUCUGCGCGGCCACUAUCGCACAACUCCAGCUCGCAACAUCUGGUACCGCGACCGGCGAUCUCCUUAUCAAAGAAUGCCUCCGCGUCCGCCAAACCUUCGACUACCCCAAAGAAGCCACCGAACCCGGCGCUUUAACCUCCUUCUUCCUUCACGUCUACUACGCCUCCGAAAGUGGCUGGACACACAAAUCCAUCACAUACCUCCGCGAAGCAAUCACCUUCACCCAACUCCUCGAACUUCACAAAGAGUCAACAUACGCCGCAUACUCAGAUCCACGCGACCGGCGUCGCUUACGCCGGUUAUUCUGGUUACUAUACGUGACGGAGCGUGGACCAUCCAUGCACGGGAACCUUCCUGCCGUAUUGGCACCUACAAUCUCCCUCCCCUCAACCAAUGAUCCAGACGUCGAUGACCCUACAGUCCUAACAGGCUUCGUCUCUCUCGUCCACCUCUUCGCAAGCCUCGACACAUCCUUCUUCCACCCGCACGACGAAACCGCACCGAACCCAAAUCUCUCACGAACAUGGCUCACGGACCUCGGGAAACGACUCUCGAGACCCCUCCCGAUCACGACGGAUAGCUCCGAGACCCAGAGGGCGGAUAUCCUCAUUACGCAACAAUGGAUGCGAACACUCGCUUGGCAGAUGGGACUUAAACAAGGCUGUUGUGGACCGAGUGCGAAAGCGGGCGCCGAACCCGAAGCGGGUGUGACCCUCACACUCCCGAAAGAGAUCGCGGUCGAUGUAUUAAAAGUCACCUCCAAGCUCUCCUUUGAUGCGAUUCGUGCUCAUGGGCCAGGAAUGGAACUCAAACUUUUCGAGGUCACGAACGCGCUCGCGGACGUGAUUAUGUGCACACCUUCCCCUCCUUCUCCUGCGAAUGCAUUAACUCAGUCGGGCAAGGCAGACUCGAGAGAGGUUUUCGGGGCGCUGUGUAGGCUGUUAUCAAAGCUUCCAGUGCAUAAUACGUGCAUUGGUGAUCUACUAAAGGGGAAGGCCGCGAGGAUAUUCGAUGUAGAUGGAAUACCAGGGUCGUUGAACCAUGCAAUUCCAUUGUUCGAGGAAGUCGGGGAAGACCACGAAGACGAUCAGCGAAGGAGGUCAUGGAGUACUUCUUGACUACGAAAGCUAUGGGAAUAUGCACGUACAUAGGUGAAGAACGAAAGUCGGAUUUUCGGUAGGUAUCACUAGGUAUCAUCAAUAUCACACAUACCCUCCUUUCCCCUACCCACUCCGAAAAAUGCCCUAACAAUACACCCUCGGUAACUCAGCACGCCCGAUCAAGCAUCGCACAAUCCUUCCUAAACUCCGCCACAGUCAACGUCUCCAAAUGCUUCGUCCCACACCCCUUCGGCACAAUCGUCUCCAUCUGAAUCCCCUCCUU